AUGUCCGGCCCUGAACAACGCACCGAGAACAGGAUCGAAGAGCACCUCCCACGCACCGAUAUGCGAGCGGACCUGCCUCUCGGCCAGAACAUUACCGCGAUCAUACCACCUGCGCAGCACAAGACUCCCGGAAGCAGCGAUGAGUCGGGCCCAUACGCAGACACGGCUCCGUCACUUCAGAACGCCAUGGGCAUGCCUCACGUCGGCGAAGUCUACUACAGGAACGAUGCGUCGCUAGAUGAACGCACGAGCGCGAGCGAUACGCUCACCGGCGCGACCUCUGGAGAUGUGUACCGUGGGCAUGGGCAGCCUGCCCAGGGCGAGACGAGCGCGGAGCUCCAUCAUAAUGGAAAGGCGCACCGGAAGCGCGAGGGCGGAGGUGUCGAGCAACAUGGAGUUCAGAGCGGCGCGUUGGGCAACUUGAACCGCAAGGACGAAAUGCAGAAUAUCAAGGAGAUCAGGCAGUAG